AUGCCUCCGGUGCUCUCCUUCACCGAUACAAUCUCCGAUAUUAGUCCCUAUAUCCCCAUUACCCUCGAUCUCACCUCCCACAACUACUACCAUUGGCGCCACCUCUUCGAAGUUCACCUCGGGCGCUGCAAUCUUCGCUCCCACGUCGACGCCACCGCCGUGCCGCAAUCGCAUGAUCCCCCAUGGGUCAAGGAUGACCUCGCUAUCAUCCAAUGGACCUACAUGCGUGUCUCCACUGAGAUCUUCAAUCUCGUCUUUCGGGAAGCCGCCGCCGCCGCCGGUCUCUGGGCGGCCCUGCAGCAGUUGUUUCAAGAAAACAUCGAUGCUCGCACCAAUCUACUCCACACCGAGCUCAGGAAUACGGUGCAAGCCGACUCCUCCCUCAGUGUCUACUACCAACGCCUCAGGUCCAUCGCCGACGAACUACGUGAACUUGGUGAUAUCGUUGAAGACCGGCAGCUUAUCAACAUCCUCCUCAUCGGGCUCAGCGAACAGUUCGACAAGCAGGCUUCUUUCAUACCCAUGAUGCGGCCCCAGCCAAGCUUUGCCGAGGUGCGCUCUAUCCUCCAGUGGGCCGACCGUGCUCAAACCAACAAGGACGCUCGCCCUCAGCUCUUCGCCGCCGUUCCGCGUGAACCCCAUCUACCGACCGCCUACGACGCGCUCGGCGCCCACUCCUUCACCGUCGCCGGCCCCAAGUGCGCCACCAGCAGCUACGCCACCUGCAGGUACGCCUUGGCGUCCUUCACAUGA